CAUGCCUCAAUAUGAAAUUUCCAUGAUAUUAAAAUUGAUGAAUAAAGAUUUUACUGUAAGUGCUUUAAAACGUGUGGGACAGAAUCUAUUGAAGCAUAAAGGUAUUAUAUCUAAUUUAGAAAAUUUAGGCUCAAAGCAAUUACCGUAUAUAAUGCAUUCAUUUAAUCAAAAAUAUAAAAAAGGACAAUAUUUUAUUUGGGAAUUUUAUUGUCCUUCAAAAGAUAUACCUGAUUUGGAGGAGGAGCUCUCUCGUGACAUAGAUAUAAUUAGAUCAUCAGUUAUUAAUAUAUCGAAACCAUUUUAUAAAAUGAAUGAAAAUGCUAAAGGAAUAGAUAAUGUGGAACCAGAAGAUCAGGAUAGUAGAUACAAUCAUUAUUCAUCCUGGACAGGAUUGCAGAAAAGGAUGAGACACUUACCAAAACCACCAUUUUGCACAAUACCUAUUGAAAAAACUUUACCCGCACUGAGAGAAGAUUUGAAAGCAUAUCCUAGAUGGCAAAAGGCUCUCUUAAAGGGUUUUCAUUAUCCAGAUAAAAAAUGACAAUAUAUAUUGAAAUGCGAUUUAUAAGACAUUGAUAAUCAUGUGUAAAUUAUAGAACAAAGCUAUCCAACAAAAAAAUGACAAUUUUUAUUGAAAUAAGAUUUAUAGGACUUUGAUAAUCAUGCGUACAUUAUAGAAUAAAGCUUUG